AUGGAUAGUGGUUACUUCAAAUUUCGAAUGAACUUAUCAUGUUUAACAAAUCCUUUACAUUUUGAUGAAAAUACUCUUGAUAGUGAUGUUCUAGCAGAACGUCGUCGAGUUUUAAAUUUAAAUCAUACAGCAACAAAUAAAAAUCUAUUGAAUGCAGAUAAUAAUGAAGAAGGACAUGAUACCGAUCAUUUAACAGUUCAUGAUCUUGUUAAACGUUUUCCUGGUCGUAAUGUUUGUGCUGUCAAUCAUUUAACAUUUGGCGCUAAACGUGGUGAAGCAUUUGGUUUACUUGGUUAUAAUGGUGCAGAUAAAACAACAACAUUUCGUAUACUUGUUGGUGAUGAACUAGCAACUGAAGGUACUGCUUAUAUUGAUAGACAAUAUAGUUUAUAUUUAUUAGCACGUAUACGUAGUGUAAAUUUUUCACGAAUAAAUUCUGUUGUUCAAACAAUUAGUUCAUUAUUUUUACUUGAUCCAUUUCUGAAAAAUUAUAUUCAUCAAUUGAGUGGAGGAACAAAACGACGAUUACAUGCUGCACUUGCAUUAAUUGGACCACCAUUCGUAGCAAUCCUUGAUGAACCAACAAGUGGUGUUGAUCCAAAUGCUCGACAACAAAUGCAAGAAAUACUUAUUAAUGUUGUUAAAGCAAAAUUAACUACUAUAUUAACAAGUCAUCCAAUGGAUGAAUGUGCACGUGUAUGUAAUCGUCUUGGUAUCAUGUUUAAUGGUCAAUUAGCUUGUUUGGGUACAAUUCAACAUUUGAAAUCAAAAUUUAGUCAAGGUUAUACAAUUGAAAUUAAAGUUCGUUCAAUAUCUAAUGAUACAAACAUGACAAUGAUUCAAAAUGUUCAAUCAUUUUUAUUAUCACAAAAUCAAUUGAAUGUUGAAACUAGAGAAAUAGCAUAUUCAACAGGUUCAUUUCAAAUUAAACAAAGUACACCAGCAGAUCUAUUUGAAUUACUUGAACAACAUAAACAAAAUUUAAAUAUUGAAACAUAUACAAUAUCACAAACAACAUUAGAACAAAUAUUUUUAUCAAUUGGUAAAAAACUUGAUAUUGAUUUACAAUGA